AUGAAUAAGAAGUUGAUUAGGAUAAUCAAGAGGAAAAUAGAGGACAAUAAGAGGAAUUGGCACACUCAGCUGAAGCAUGCAUUAUGGGCUAAUAGAAUCACCCCCAAGAGAGCUACAAGUAUAUCUCCAUAUGUUCUUGUUUAUGGUAAAGAGGGAAGACUUCCAAUUUCAGUUGAAUUACCUAUAUUAACUCUAAUAAGAGAGCUAGAAAUGUUGCAAGAGGAACCUAUGCAAAUCAGGUUGGUAGAACUAAUGGAGUUGGAAGAGGUAAGAAAACAAGCAUUACUAGCCAUUGAAAACCACCAAGCUCAAAUGAAGAAAACAUUUGAUAGAAGAGCAACUUUAAGGGUUUUCAAUGGGGGAGAUUUAGUUCUGAAAUGGGAUGAACUGAAGGGCAAGCCUGGAAAGCACACUAAAUUUGAUGCAAUAUGGUAUGAUCCCUAUGACAUUACUGAGAAAAAACAACAUAAUUCUUUUCAGCUCUAA